CUUUGCGCAGGACUUGCCUGUGUCAGGGUGAACACCGUUAUCUCUCACCGGGAGCAGCCUCACCAUAAAGGAACCACGCCUCGCAGAACUCAAACUCCCGGAGCUCAGCCUGAACUUCACAUCCACUGGAGAGUUUUAUUUCAUUAUUAAUUUUGAAUACCGCGAGAGCGCACAUAUCGAGCCUGCAGGGCUUUCCGGACGGUCACGCGCACUCUGUCCGGGAAACACACGCACAAUAACAGACAUGGAGUACCUCAAGUUUUGUUUUGUGUUUUCAUGCUGGGUGAAGUUUGCACUUUGUGUCUUCUCUACUGAUACUCCUCAACCUCCUGCGGCUAUUCCUAAAGAGAAAUUGCUGGUUCUAACAGUCGCAACAGAGGAGACAGACGGAUUCCUCCGCUUCAUGAAGUCUGCAAACUACUUCAAGUACAAUGUGAAGGUGUUGGGAAUGGGAGAGCCGUGGAAAGGUGGAGACGUGGGCCGUUCUAUUGGUGGAGGGCAAAAAGUCAGACUAUUGAAGGAGGCCAUGGAGGCGCUCGCUGACCAGGAGGAUCUGGUUGUCCUUACCGUGGACAGCUAUGAUCUUAUCUUUGCUGGGGGACCAGAAGAGAUUCUCAGGAAGUUCCAGCAGGCCAAUCACAAAGUGCUCUUCGCUGCAGACGGGCUGAUCUGGCCGGAUAAGAAGCUAGCUGACAAGUACCCGUCAGUCCGCAGUGGAAAACGCUACCUCAACUCUGGAGGUAUAAUUGGAUACGCCCCGUUCAUAAACAAGGUUGUUACACAGUGGAACCUCCAUGACAAUGAUGACGACCAGCUCUUCUACACCAAAAUAUACGUGGAUCCUUUACAGCGACACACUCUCAACAUGACUUUGGACCACAAGUGCCAGAUUUUCCAGAACCUGAACGGGGCCAUUGACGAAGUGCUUCUGAAGUUUGGAACAAACCUCGUAAGAGUUAGAAACACAGUGUACGACUCUCUGCCAGUGGUUGUCCAUGGAAACGGAAAUACUAAAAUGUACUUGAACCACUUGGCCAACUACGUCCCCAACACAUGGAACUAUGAGCAUGGCUGCAGCCACUGUGACGACGACAUUCUGGAUUUAUCUCAGUUAAAAGAAUAUCCGAAUGUUUUGGUUGGAGUGUUCAUCGAGCAGCCGACCCCGUUCCUUCCUGAGUUCUUCCACCGGCUGCUGACACUGGACUAUCCCAAAGAUAAACUCAAAGUCUUUGUCCACAACAAUGAGGUUUACCACGAGAAGCACAUCCAGAAGUUCUGGGAAGAGAACCGGAAUGUGUUCAACACUUUCAAGGUUGUGGGACCGGAGGAAAAUCUGAGCCAAGGAGAGGCCAGGAACAUGGGCAUGGAUAUUUGCCGUACGGAUGUUACGUGCGACUUCUACUUCAGCAUGGAUUCAGACGUGAUGCUCACCAACAGACAGACACUGAAGCUCCUCGUGGAGCAGAACAGGAAAAUAAUUGGUCCCCUUGUCACCCGCCACGGCAAGCUGUGGUCCAACUUCUGGGGAGGCUUGAGUCUGGAUGGUUAUUACGCUCGCUCCGAAGAUUACAUCGACAUUGUGCAGAGAAAACGUGUGGGUUUGUGGAACAUUCCUUUCAUGGCCCAUGUAUACCUCGUCAAAGGCAGCACCUUGAGGAAUGAACUGAAGGAGAGGAACUACUUUGUGCUGGGGAAACUAGACCCAGAUAUGGCUCUUUGUAGAAAUUCCAGAGAAAUGACCAGUCACAGAGAAAAAGACUCCCCUUCUCCGGAAUCAUUCCAUAUGCUCAGGCCCCCAAAGGGAGUCUUCAUGUACAUGACAAACCGUCACGACUUUGGAAGGCUCAUUUCCACAGCCAAUUAUAACACUUCUCAUUAUAACAAUGACUUGUGGCAGAUAUUUGAAAACCCCACGGACUGGAAGGAGAAGUACAUCCACUCGAACUACUCUCGAAUUUUCACUGAAAACGUCAUGGAGGAGCCUUGCCCAGAUGUCUUCUGGUUCCCAGUCUUCUCACAGAAGGCCUGUGAUGAAAUCGUGGAGGAGAUGGAGCACUACGGUUCCUGGUCGGGGGGGAAAAAUGAGGACAAGCGCAUCUCCGGCGGCUACGAGACGGUGCCGACGGACGACAUCCACAUGAAGCAGAUCGGCUACGAGAAAGAGUGGCUACACUUCAUCCGGGAGUUCAUAUCGCCCGUCACGUUAAAAGUGUUCUCCGGCUACUUCACGAAGGGAUACGCUGUGAUGAACUUCGUGGUGAAAUACACACCUGAGAGGCAGGCGUACCUGAGGCCCCAUCACGACUCCUCCACCUUCACCAUCAACAUCGCCCUCAAUGCCAAAGACACAGACUUUCAGGGUGGGGGUUGCCGUUUCCACAGGUACAACUGCUCCGUAGCUUCACAGAGGAAAGGGUGGAGCUUGAUGCACCCGGGGCGCCUGACCCACCUCCACGAAGGCCUGCCCACCACCAACGGCACCCGCUACAUCGCAGUGUCCUUCAUCGACCCUUGAACUGACCCUCUACUGUACAUUUGACCGUGCUUUUCUUUUUAUUCUGUCAUGUUUGCGUUGUCCUUUGAUGUUUGGUGCCCUGGAUGUUUGGCUGAUGAUAUUCUGUUUAAGAAAGCAAAAAGCUUUUAAAAAAGGAAUAAGUAAUUGCAUUACAGGAAUCUAUGUCAAACAGAGUGACGAGUGGAAAGAAGAGAAAAUCAACACCUCAGAUACACAAGUGAAGUCAAAGUCAACUUUAUUGUCAAUCUUUCAGUUUGUGUGUACAGAAAUACACACACACACACACACACACACACACACACACACACACACACACACACACACACACACACCUCCACUCGGGAUAAUGUUCUACGCUUCCAUUCAAACCAUACCUUUUUUAGAUUCAAAACCAACUUCCUAGCUGGAUUUGUUGGUCCUUGUCAUGAUUUUCACAAUAUUAACAUCGUCAUGGUAACCGUCAUUGCCACACACUGGUUGAUAGCAGCUAGCUGUACCGUGCUAACAUGCAGUUGUUCGUAUUUCAGGUAAAAAGUCUUAAAGGAAAAUGACGACCGGUGCUUAUCAACCCUCCAUUUCUCUGCUUCUGAUAUUUCUAAAAGUAUUUUUCUACCCUUAAAUUGUUCAGGUCACAAUUGUGAUUUUAACUUUAAAGUUUCAUACGUACCACCAGUGGAGGAUGAAUAUAUUUUUAGAUUUUUGCACACCAGAAAAAAACAGCAGAGUUCAAUAUGAAUUCUGUUUUAUUGAAGUUUUGUUUUUACUUGAAAGUAAAAGUUGUUGUACAUUUCCAACAGCUUUUCUAGAGACAUUUCUGCAUUAUUUUCCCGAGAGAUAUGUGUGAAUGGUUUUUGAAAUUUAGCAAGUUGUUUAACUUAUUGUCAAAAUGUAAUAAAAGUCUUUAUAAAAAAUGAAA